UGCUCCAACUCGGCCUUCCCCCGUCACGUCUGGGGUCUCCCGUCCCUGGCUGGCGAUGGGCUUGGCGUGCGCCCGGGGGCGCGCCACGUGGGUGCUGGCCGGGGGCCUCCUGGCUGCCGCCCUGGCGCUGCCCGCGGGGUCCGGGCACCGAGGCCGGCUCCCCGCGGACCCGGGUCCCCUCCGGCGCCCCCUCGGCGCCCAGCCUCCCCCGGAUCCCCGCUCGGCUCGCGGGGUGGGGCCUGAGCAGACCGCGGAGGACUUGUCCCAUGGAAUUUGGCCCAGUGUGGAAAGCUCUCACUUUCUGACUGCAGUAGAAGCACCAUUUGGAAUGAAAUUCAAUAAGAAAACUGAAGUCUUUAACCCAGCCCCGACUUCUGCAGCCUCUAGUGGGCCGUGGAUUCAUUCUGUUUUUGCUUUUAUACCCUCGUGGCCCAAGAAGACCUUGUUUAAAAGAGAGUCUGCUGUAACACACCACUUGUAUGGAGACAUUUCAAGAGACAUUCAAGGAACUUCUGAGAAUGGAGUCAUUUUUCAGAAAUGUGCAGUGGUGUCCGUGCAGAGCGAGUGGCCGACAGCUCAUGUGCGUCUGUUUGUGAACAACACCAGGACGCCUGCGGCUGCCAACCUCUCUGACCUGCUGUUACUGGACAACAUCACUGGCCUCACCGUUAGGGAGUCGGCUGGAAACCAGACCUCAAGAGGGUUCCAGGCUUUCAGGAAGAAGUUUCUGCAAGUUGGAGACUCCUUCUCCGUCAGCUACACAGCAUCACUCGAGGCCAGAGACGUUGGGAGUGGAGAGGUCCUGAUGCUUCCUGCCCAGCUCUCCUUCCAGAGUUCAUCACCGAACAGAGCCCAGCUAAAAGCCCUUUUCACCAUAACAACAGAAGAAAAGAUAACGGUUCUACCAAACCACGGCCUCCACGCAGCAGGGUUCUUCGUGGCCUUCAUCCUCUCCCUGGUGCUGACCUGGGCCGUGCUUUUCUUCAUGGAUCGAUAUCAGUGUUUGAAGGGAAGCAUGCUUACCAGACAUCAGGUUCAGCAUCAUGAGAGCAAGCUGGAGCGCUCCCAGUUCACCUCAGCUGAUGGUAUGAAUGAAGAUCUCGCUCUAAAUGACCAAAUGAUAGACAUUCUGUCUUCAGAGGACCCCGGGAGCAUGCUUCAAGCCUUAGAAGAGCUGGAAAUUGCAACCCUGAAUUGGGCAGACUCAGAUCUGGAAGCUUGUCGAACCCAAAUCAGCAAAGAUAUCAUUGCUCUUCUACUGAAAAAUCUGACCAGCAGUGGCCAUCUCUCCCCUCAGGUAGAGAGGAGGAUGGGUGCUGUUUUCAAAAAGCAGUUUCUGUUGCUGGAGAAAGAAAUUCAAGACGAGUAUGAUCGGAAGAUGGUGGCCUUGACAGCUGAGUGUGACCUGGAAACAAGAAAGAAGACAGAAAGCCAGUACCAGAGGGAGAUGGCAGCAAUGGAGGAAGCAGAAGAGGUUCUGAAACGUGUUAGUGAGCGGUCCGCUAUCGAAUGCAGCAGCCUCCUGCGAACCCUCCAUGGCCUGGAACAGGAGCACCUGAGGAGGUCCCUUGCUCUGCAGCAGGAGGAAGACUUUGCCAAGGCCCACAGGCAGCUGGCCAUUUUCCAAAGGAAUGAACUGCACAAUAUCUUUUUUACCCAGAUAAAAAGUGCUAUUUUCAAAGGGGAACUGAAGCCAGAGGCAGCGAAAAUGCUGCUGCAAGAUUACUCUAAAAUACAGGAGAAUGUAGAAGAGUUAAUGGACUUUUUCCAGGCUAGUAAGAGAUACCAUCUCAGUAAAAGAUUUGGCCACAGGGAGUAUCUGGUCCAGAACAUACAGUCAUCAGAGACCCGUGUGCAGGGCCUGCUUAGCACUGCUUCUGCUCAGCUGACCCUCCUUAUCCAGAAACACGAGAGAGCAGGCUACUUGGAUGAAGAUCAGAUGCGGGUGCUCUUGGAGCGGGCUCAGACAGAAAUCUUUUCUAUAAAACAGAAGUUGGACAAUGACUUAAAGCAGGAAAAGAAAAAACUCCACCAAAAAUUAAUAAUUAAGAGAAGACGAGAGAUGCUGCAAAAGCACAAGGAGCAGCGGAGAGAAAGGCUGUCCAUCGCUGAAGCCUUCGGGGCGGCUGAGGAUGCUUGCCAGUACAUGGGCCAGUGGCGGAGCCUGGUGGCCGAGCACAGCGCCACCCUGGAGGAGCUGCAGGAGCGCCUGGACCAGGCUGCCCUGGAUGAGCUCAGGGCCCUGACCCUCUCACUGUUGGAGAAAGCCACAGAGCAGCUGCGGCGGCUGCAGAACUCUGUGAUGACCCAGGAGCUGCUCAAGCGCGGGGUCCCCUGGCUCUUCCUGCAGCAGAUCCUGGAGGAGCACAGCAGGGACCUGGCUGCCCGGGCCGAGCGGCUCGAGGGCGAGGAGAGGGACAGGGGCCAGGAGGGCAUCCAGAGCGUGAGGCAGAGACUGAAGGACGAUGCUCUGGAGGCCUCCAUGGAGGAGCAGGCGGAGCUGAGACACUGGGAGCACUUGAUCUUCACGAAGCUCUGGUCCUCUGCCUUCUCCCUGUCCGAAGAGGAGCUGCUCGGGAUGAGGCAGGAAGUUCACGGCUGCUUCGCUCAGAUGGACAGGAGCUUGGCCCUUCCCAAAAUCCGGGCCCGAGUCCUGCUGCAGCAAUUUCAAACCGCAUGGCGAGAAGCAGAGUUCCUGAAAUUGGACCAGGCACUGGCCGCCCCUGAGCUGCAGCCACAGUCCAAGGCGAGGAAGCCACGCUCCAAGAGCAAAAGCAAGACAGACCUUUUGAAGAAGUGCACUGAAGAUAAAAUUCAGCUCUUUGAGGAACAGGCCCCCGAAGACCUGGUUGAAAAGGUCCGAGGAGAGUUGCUUCGCGAGAGGGUACAGCAGCUGGAGGCCCAGGAGGGACGCUUUGCCGAGUCCCUCGUCUCCCUGCAGUUCCAGAAGGCGGCCAGGAUGGCCAAGACCCUGUGGGCGUACACUGCCCUCCUGACCAUCCAGGACCUGCUCCUGGAGGAGCUGAGUGCAUCAGAGACCCUGACCAAGUCAGCCUGCACGCAGAUCCUGGAGUCGCACAGCCCGGAGCUCCAGGAGCUGGAGAGGAAGCUGGAGGACCAGCUGGCACACCAAGAGGCAGCCCAGCUGCAGCGGGCCCUGGAGAGUCGGCAGCAGUGGGCAGGUGAGGGGCCUGGGCUUCUGCACGAGCCGGAGGAGGAGACAGAUUCUGAAAGGCAGGUUUCGGCUGUCCUGCGACGGGCCCUGAGCAAGGGUCAGAAGUUACUGGAGCAUCACCAGCAGAGUUUGAGAGAGGAGCAAGAGAACAGUGUCAUGCUUGAAGAUUUGCUGGAGAAUAUGGAGACGGACACCUUUGUGACCCUGUACAGCCAGGAGCUGAGACUGGCGUCCUACCUGUCGAAGCUGACGAUGCUGCCGGGGGGCACGCUGCGUUGGCUCCUGAGCGUGGCUGUGCCUGCAGCCUUGCAGCCCGAGCUGCUCUCCGUGCUGGAUCCCGUGGGCCAGAGGCAUCAGGACCACACAGCGGAGAGUGACAGCGGUGGGGUGCAGGCUGACCUGGGCAGGAGGGGGAAACAUCAGGGCUGGUGGCAAGCCUUUGAGAGCAAACUUCGAGGAGAACUGAUAAGCAGAGGAUUAGAAAAGAUGCUCUGGGCUCACAAGAGGAAGGAGAGCAUAUUAAAGAAGACGUGUCCCCCUCUCAGAGAGAGGGUGAUAUUCUCUGGAAAACGAAGUUGGCCACACCUGUCACUGGAGUCCAUUGGUGAACUGGCCCCGGUGCCCAUUGUAGGAGCAGAAACCAUUGAUUUAUUAAACACUGGUGAAAAGCUCUUUAUCUUCAGAAAUCCAAAGGAGCCGGAGAUCUCACUGCACCUUCCUCCCAGGAAAAAGAAGAAGAACUUUCUGAAUGCCAAAAAGGCCACUUGGGCCUUGGGCAUGAACUAGCCCAAAGGAAAGCCCCAAGGAGUCUGAAGACAGAAAGAUUUGUUUUCUCCUGCCCACAUGAGUGUGUGUGUGUGUGUUUAUAAUGUACAACUUGCAGGUAUUAAUUGCACUUGCAGAGAACAGAUACAUCCACUCUCCCUCCCUCACCAUGACUUUCAUGGGCUAAGUUUAAUCUGGUCCCAUGAAUUCCCAGAUGGCCCAUUCCCUUUAGCAUCGCAAGGGACAUGAAGAGACAGGGGACCAGCCCGUGAACCCUCAUUGCUUUCAGUCCCACCUUGCUGAGGGUCUAGAGGAGACCCAGGACCCUAAUUCACAUCCCCACAACACCUGGCUGAAGAGUGGGCUGUAUACUGAAGGCAAGGCUCUCUCUCUUCUCUCACAUUGUGUGUUUGUUACAUAUUCUAUUUUUAUCAAGGGAGCUUUUGAAAGAAGAGCAUUUUCCCUAAAGCUCUUCUCAAGGGAACUCGUCUUUGCUUUCUGUAGGAACCAUUUAUUUUUAAUCCCUUCUUGGUUUUGGCCCUCACGUUGUGAUGUUCAAUGGAAAUUUGCCCUCCAUCUUUCCAGGGGCCAGAAGAUGUGCCAGCCACUGGGCGAUACCAUAUCCAACUCAAAUCAGGAAACUCAGAGGCUUAAGAAGGUAAGGGGAUUUAGGAAAGAUCAUAAAGCCAAUAAGUAACAAAGUCAGGACUCAUUGAACUCUUUACGGCCCCAAACCCUUGUCCCUUCUCCUGGACUUGGUAAAUGGACACAUACCUGCCCUCAGGUGUUUGCCAACAAACUGACUGCACACAGGUCCUCGUGUUGCACAAAGUGCUUUCCUGUGCCCUGACCCUCUCCAUCCUCACAGUGUGGUUGGAUCAUUAUAUGAGCUCUUCUGAGAACCAGGCAAAGAAUACAAUUAUAAUGGGUCUUUCCUAAGUGUGGGAAAUGGUUAGGCAGGGAAUCCUGUCACCAAUGAGAAGAAAAGGGAUUCUGAUGAAGCAUCUCUUACAUGAGUUGCUUCUAGACCUUUACAGCUACUUGAACCCACUUAUUUUUUUAAUAUACAGCAGGUUCUUAUUAGUUAUCUAUUUUAUACAUACUAGUGUAUAUAUGUCAAUCCCAAUCUCCCAAUUCAUCACACCACCACCACCACCGCCACUUUCCCCCCUUGGUGUCCAUAUGUUUGUUCUCUACAUCUGUGUCUCAAUUUCUGCCCUGCAAACCAAUUCAUCUGUACCAUUUUUCUAGGUUCCACAUAUAUGUGUUAAUAUACGAUAUUUGUUUUUCUCAUUCUGACUUAUUUCACUCUAUAUGACUGACAGUCUCUAGAUCCAUCCACGUCUCUACAAAUGACCCAACUUUGUUCCUUUUCAUUGAACCCACUUCUUUUUUUUUUUUUUUUUUUUGCGGUACACAGGCCUCUCACUGUUGUGGCCUCUCCCGUUGCGGAGCACAAGCUCCGGACGCGCAGGCUCAGCAGCCAUGGCUCACGGGCCCAGCCGCUCCGCGGCAUGUGGGAUCUUCCCAGACCGGGGCACAAACCCGUGUCCUCUGCAUCGGCAGGCGGACUCUCAACAACUGCACCACCAGGGAAGCCCUGAACCCACUUCUUAAUCCUUGACAAUACCCAGCAGAUGAGGAUCACUACUCCCAUUUUACAGCCAAGGAAACAGACUCAGAAAGUUUAAGUAACUUGCCUGUGAUCACACCAUGUGUAAGGGAGGAAUCCUCACUUUGAACUCAAGUCUCCUAGCUUUCAAACCCUUACCUGCCAUGAGACAUCGCAUUGCCUUUGGCAACCUGAAGGCCAAGUCUUAUUUGCAGUUUCCCAUCAGCAUGCGUGCAGCAUGGUGAUCAGGGAUCUUUGCCUGGGGUUGCACUUCUUCCAGGGGGCAGCUGUGUACCAUCAUAGUGGCUGCCAGUUGGCCAUAUCUCUGCAUUAGCAGAUAUGCACAAGUAAGCAGUUCAAAUGCAGGAGAGAAGAGUGGAUGGGGUCAGUUUUCCCAUCAGAAGCUCAAGUGAGAAGAGAGAGGAGAGAAAGAGCAGUGAUUUUCACACAGGAUAGUGGAGUGGAAAAUGCAUGGUCUUUGGUGUAAGCUUACUUAAGUUCAGAUCCUGCUCUGUUGCUCGUGAGCUGUGUGUCCUGUGGAAGUCACCUGACCUUUCAGAGCCUCAUAUUCUUCAUCAACAAAAGGAUGAUGAGAAUCCCUUGUUAUGAGGAUUAGAUGAAACUGGAUCAGUAAAGUGUUUGGUGGUGUUGUGCACCUGCCACAUCUAUGUCCUUCUGUAGUCCUUGAAGGUGACCCAUCUGCCUUUCUACUAAUUUCCUGAUUCUAGGACUCUGCUAGAAUUAUGCAUGGUUGAAAAUAGAUUGCACAUAAGGAUUCGAAAAAAUAGCUCAAAAUUAUGGGCUGAAGGCUGAUUGAAUAGAUUAUUAGCAACAACAGGAGGUGCUCAAGCUAUUCAAAAUACAGCAUUUGAACCUAAUAAUAACUCCUUAUGUUAAUAGACAAAGACUAGCUAUUGAUUUAAUUUCUCUAAACUCACUGCAUGAGAAAGACAAAGAUGUGAUAGGGAAAUCUUGUGCUCCUGGAAUCAGGUAGCUCAGGUUUAAAUCCUGGCUCUACAACUUUUAAGCAAGUCACUUUACCACUCUGAACCUUAGUCUUCUCAUCUGUAAAACGGGGGUCCUAAUACCUACCUUAGGGUAGGGAUGUCACAAAGAGUGAAGAUAUUGGAUAUUAUAUAAAAUGUUGGUGUUCAAUAAAAUGUUGAUAUGCAAUAA